CGGUAAUGCAACAUCCUGGAUGCAAGCUGCCGUUAAGAUCGGAUAACGAAGCAGAAAGCGAAGGGAAGAGGGGGUUUUAACUUGGGGAAGCUUAUUUCAAGGACCGGUAUAAAACAGCUGAAAGAGCAAUGGACAACAUUCAGAUCCGGAAGUUUCAGGAUGAAGAUGCCGAUGCUGUGAAGGAGCUCUUCACCCUGGGGAUGAGUGAGCAUGUGCCUUCUACCUUUGUGCACCUCCUGAAACAGCCGCUGACUCAGAUGGUCCUCAUGUGCAUUUUCUGCACUCUCAUGGCCAGCUCCAAGUCCUUCCUGCUCCCCACCUUGGCUGUCACCUUCUGCCUGGCUGGAGCCCGGCAGGUCGUCAUCUACUCGUUCAACAAAUACAUCGAAACCUCGCUCAGAAAGGACCUCAACAACAUCAGCGAGAAAUACCUGAAAGGGAAGGACUCGUGCUUCUGGGUUGCUGAUAGCGAUGGUCGGAUAGUGGGCUCAGUGGCUUGCCUCCCUGCUGAGAACGCGCCUGGUUGCUUGGAGCUGAAACGCAUGUCGGUGCGCCGAAGUCACCGCGGGAUGGGCAUCGCUAAGGCUCUAUGUCGGACAGUGGCCAAGUAUACUCGUGACAGGGGUUAUGGAGCUAUCAUACUGUGCACCUCUGUGGUGCAGGUAGAUGCCCAGAAGCUGUAUGAGCACAUGGGCUACAAGAAGACAAGAGAGUUUGUCGCUCCAGAGUUUCUUGCCAAAAUCCUGAACUUCACCCUGUUUGAGUACAGACUUGAUUUACAGCAGGACCAAAAAAGAGACUGAAUCAGAUAUAAACACUGAAUAAAAUUUCAGGGCAGUAGUACCAUACGUGUAUCUUGUUCCUCUACUAAUGUUUUCCCAGCAUGCAUCUAAACGAGGCAGAAACACUCAGGACGAGUCAGGCAUAGGUGGGUCUGUUUACUCAACCCUUACAGUCAUGUUUCCUCCUGUUUCAAACAGGCACACAGCACAGUUUGAACAUUUAGUAUUGUUUUGUUUUUAUGUUUUUUUUUUUUUAAUUUUUUAUGAUUAAUUACACAAAAUAUUAAAAUAGAAAAACUGCUUU